AUGGUGCAAAAAAAAGGGGAAUUUUACACCCGAGCGACGUACCGCUUUGAUGACGUGGGUGACGGUGGGUGUGCGAAGCUAGUGGUGCAUUACAUUGCGAACCGCCGGCUUGUGCCUGUGCGAGAGGAGAAGAGGGACCGUGUACGAUGGAUUAGCACGCCUUGGAUGGAGAGUGAGGAGAUCAAGGGGGCUCAUGUGGUGGUGCUGAAUCGCGGCGCGCAUUUCAAGCCCACGGGGCACGUCGUGGUGUCGGUGUCCCGCGCGCUGCAGUUCCUCCGGUAUAAUUACCCCGAGAAGCUGAUCAUUUACCGGGCGACGGCCCCGGGUCACCUCAACUGCAAGGACUACGACAAACCCCUUUUAAAGCGGCAAAAUGGGAGCGAUUUACCCUUCCACUGGGGGGAAUUCAAGGCGCAAAACGAGGCGGGGGGUGCAUGGUUGGGUGCAUGGUUGGGUGCAUGGUUGGGUGCAUGGUUGGGUGCAUGGUUGGGUGCAUGGUUGGGUGCAUGGUUGGGUGCAUGGUUGGGUGCAUGGUUGGGUGCAUGGUUGGGUGCAUGGUUGGGUGCAUGGUUGGGUGCAUGGUUGGGUGCAUGGUUGGGUGCAUGGUUGGGUGCAUGGUUGGGUGCAUGGUUGGGUGCAUGGUUGGGUGCAUGGUUGGGUGCAUGGUUGGGUGCAUGGUUGGGUGCAUGGUUGGGUGCAUGGUUGGGUGCAUGGUUGGGUGCAUGGUUGGGUGCAUGGUUGGGUGCAUGGUUGGGUGCAUGGUUGGGUGCCCACCAGGUGCAUGGUUGGGUACUUUUGAGGUGCCUCAAAAGGGGGGUGCAUGGUUGUGUACUAGGUGAAGAUCGAUGA